AGUGAAACACGUUAUAGUGAUGUGACAUGGUAACAAACUUUUGCAAUACAAAACUAAGUGACCUGUUCCUAAAUCAUCAGUAGACAGUAUUGGCGAAACCCUUUAAAGGGUCGUGAGGUGAGAGAGGAUGGAGAAGACGAAGGAGCAGAAGAGGCAUCAGCACAAACACAGCGGCCCGAAGGCGGAGAGGAAGAAGAGUCGUAAGAAUCGAGAGCAGGGCGUGGAGCAGGAGCAGGAUGGACGAAAGAGAAACCCGCGGGCUUUCGCGGUCCAGUCUGCCGUGCGCAUGGCCAGAACCUUCCACAGGACUCAGGAUCUGAAGACCAAGAAACAUCACAUUCCUUUAGUGGACCGCACCCCCCUGGAGCCCCCGCCGGUCGUGGUGGUUGUAGUCGGACCUCCGAAAGUGGGAAAGAGCACCCUGAUCCGCUGCCUGAUCAAAAACUACACGCGACAGAAACUGGCCGACAUCUGUGGGCCCAUUACCAUUGUCUCCGGGAAGAAGCGUCGUCUGACCUUCAUUGAGUGUGGGAAUGACAUUAACACCAUGAUUGACCUGGCCAAGGUGGCUGACCUGGUGCUGAUGCUGAUCGAUGCCAGUUUUGGUUUGGAGAUGGAAACCUUUGAGUUCCUCAACAUCUGUCAGGUGCACGGAUUCCCCCGUAUCAUGGGGGUCCUGACUCACUUAGACUCUUUCAAGAAUAACAAGGUACUGCGAAAGACAAAGAAACGCCUCAAACAUCGCUUCUGGACCGAAGUCUACCAGGGUGCUAAGCUCUUCUACCUCUCUGGAAUGGUCUACGGAGAGUACCAAACGCAGGAGGUAAAGAACCUAGGGCGAUUUAUCUCGGUCAUGAAAUUCCGUCCCCUGGUGUGGCAGACGUCUCACGCUUACGUGGUGGCUGAUCGAAUGGAAGAUCUGACUGAUCCAGAGGCAGUGAGGUUGGAUCCCAAAUGUGACCGAACCGUGUCCCUGUAUGGCUACCUGCGUGGGACGCACUUGAAGAGCCAGGGUCAGGUGCACAUCCCAGGUGUGGGGGACUAUGCUGUGGGUGACGUCAGCUUCCUGCCUGACCCCUGCCCUCUGCCAGAGGAGCUGAAGAAGAGGGCGCUGAAUGAGAAGGAGAGACUGUUGUAUGCUCCUAUGGCGGGAGUGGGAGGUGUGGUGUAUGAUAAAGAUGCUGUGUACAUCGAUAUGCCAGGAGGCCAAGCCAAACAGCAGCAGGAGGACACUGGUCCCACCACUGAGCUGGUACAGUCCCUGAUUGGCACCCAUGCCACCCUGGAUGCCAAGAUGGCAGCGAGCAAAGUGUCUCUGUUCUCAGGAGGAGCUGGGCUGGCAGCCGAGGACAUUCAGGAGAACGGAGAGAGGACAACCCCAACUGAGAGUCGCGUUUGGGACCCAAACACCCAGAGAGAGAGGAGGAGAGCUGUCUUCGCUGACGAGGAGGAGCAGGAGGUGGAUGACAGCGAGGAGAGUGAUGAGGACGAGGAGAGUGAUGAAGAGGAGGAAGAGGGAGAAGAAGAGGAGGAGGCGGAACGGAGUAACGUGAAUGAAGAGAAUGAGACAAAGGGAGAGACAGAGAGGAAAGCGGCGAAGGAUGUUGCUCCUCCUGUGAAGAGGCAGAAGGUGGAGGAGCGGAGAGAGGAGAAGGAGGUGGUGGUGGAAAUGCCGGCGUUUGCAGACAGUGAGGAUGAGCUGGAAAAAAGCGACGGAGAGGAGGGGAGUGAAAGAGAGGAGCUUGAAGAAGAUGGAGAAGAAGAGGAUGAUGAGGAGGAAGAGGAAGAAGAGGGAGGUGCAGAUGCAGCGACUGAGAGAACAGGCUCUGGACCAGCAGACUCUGGGCACUGCUCCGAAGAAGACAUUGAUGAAGAUGAUGAGGACGAUGAAGAUGAUAAUGAGGAUGAGGAUGAAGAUGAAGAUGAUGAGGAGGAGGAGGACGAGGAGCUUAAGGAAGAUGCUGACAUGGGGGAGGAAGAGGCCACCAGUUCUAAACCUCCUGCAAAGGAAAAGUCAGAAUUGGAGUCCAGACUGAGAGAGGAGGAGAUGGAUUUGGAUGGUGCGGGACAGGCAGACUGUGAGAGUGCAGGAGCACUGCGCUGGAAAGAAGGCCUUGCUGAGAAAGCAAAGGAGGUGUUCCUACGGCAACAGCGGGCCACGCCCAACCUCCGUAAGCUGGUGUAUGGCAAAGUGGCUGAGGAAGAGGAGGAUGACGGUGAUAGUGAGGAGGAAGAGCUGGGUGGACUGUUCCGCGUUAGCCGUCCGGAGAAGAGUAAGAAAGCUCGCGCUGACGCCAUGGACUGCUCUCGGUUUCAGCCUGACACUGGUCACGACUGGGAGGAUGAGGAGAUGCUGGCCUCGAUUAGAGACUGCUUCGUCACGGGGAAGUGGGAGGGAGACAGAGAUGCUGCUACUCUUCUGAAAGAGGAUGAUGAGCUCUAUGGAGACUUUGAAGAUUUGGAGACAGGGGAAGUCCACAGGGGGAAUCCGGGGAAACAGGAGGACAAUACAGAGGGAGGGACUGAGGAGGAGGAGGAGGAGGAAGAGGAGGAGCCCCAGGUGAAAGUUGAUGAUGAUGAAGCUCAGAAGAAAAAGCGGUUGGAGAAAAAACGGCGAUUGAAAGAACGGUUCAAUGCAGAGUACGAUGAUGGCGAUGCCACGUACUUUGAUGACCUGAAAGAGGAGAUGCAGAAACAGGCUGAGCUGAAUCGAGCGGAGUUUGAGGACUUUGAUGAUGAGGUUCGUGUUCAGUACGAAGGCUUUCGGCCGGGAAUGUACGUCCGACUGGAGAUCUCCGGCCUGCCCUGUGAGUUUGUGACGAACUUUGACCCCCACUACCCUGUCAUUGUGGGCUCUCUCGGGGCCAGCGAGGGCAACGUGGGGUAUCUGCAGAUGCGUCUAAAGAAACAUCGUUGGCAUGACCGUAUCCUGAAGACGCGUGAUCCUCUCAUCCUGUCGUUGGGCUGGCGCCGUUUCCAGACCAUUCCGCUGUACCACAUAGAGGACCACAAUGGUCGUCAUCGCCUGCUCAAAUACACACCAGAGCACAUGCACUGUGGUGCCACCAUCUGGGGUCCCAUCACCCCUCAGGGCACUGGCUUCCUGGCUGUUCAGUCUGUAGCGGGAACUCAGCCAAACUUCCGUAUUGCGGCCACUGGAGUUGUUCUGGAUUUGGAUAAGUCAGUGACCAUAGUGAAGAAACUGAAGCUGAUUGGAUACCCAUACAAAAGCUUUAAGAACACAUGUUUUAUUCAGGGUAUGUUUAACACAGUGCUGGAGGUGGCCAAAUUUGAGGGUGCGUCCAUUCGAACUGUGAGCGGAAUAAAAGGACAGAUUAAGAAAGCCCUGCGUACCCCGCCCGGAGCCUUCAGGGCCACGUUCGAGGACAGACUCCUGAUGAGCGACAUCGUGUUCUUGCGUUCUUGGUACCCGGUCUCUGUGCCCCAGCUCUAUAACCCGGUGACGUCCUUGCUGAUGCCAGUCGGGCAGAAGGACAGGUGGACAGGCAUGAGGACCCUGGGACAGCUCAAACACGACCUUGGCAUCCGCAACAAGCCCAACAAAGACUCGCUUUAUCAGCCUGUCGUCAGACAGAAGAGGAUCUUUAACCCGCUGCACAUCCCUAAGGAACUUCAGAAAGCACUGCCGUUUAAGAGCAAACCCAAACAAACCCAGGCCAAAGUCAGAACCCCCCGGGACCUGCAGAGACCUGCUGUCAUCAGAGAACCACAGGAGAGAAAGGUGGCAGAGCUGCUCAAUGCUCUGACUAAAGUGUACCACCACAGGCAGAAGAAGGCCAGGACAGAGCAGCGAGCCAAACACAGAGAAUUCCUCAGACAGAGGGACAGAGAGGAGCAGGAGAAACAGAAAAGACUGAAGGAGGAAAGGAAGAAACUGUACCGGGCUAUGGGCCAGAAAGAGAAGAAGAAACUGAAAGCCAGUCUGAAAGGGGCCUCUCAGGACCACUGACAGACAGCACUCUCCCAUACCUGCCCCUCAUAGACUCUCCCAUACCUGCCCCUCAUACACUCUCCCAUACCUGCCCCUCAUAGACUCUCCCAUACCUGCCCCUCAUACACUCUCCCAUACCUGCCCCUCAUAGACUCUCAUACCUGACCCUCAUAGACGCCCAUACCUGCCCCUCAUAGACUCUCCCAUACCUGCCCCUCACACACUCUCAUACCUGCUCCUCACACACUCUCAUACCUGCUCCUCACACACUCUCAUACCUGCCCCUCACACACUCUCAUACCUGCCCCUCAGAGACGCCCAGCCCACCAGAUCCAGCUCUGCCCUGGAAACAGCAGACUUUGCUGAGAUCUGCCUUUGACUCAAAUCAAACAACUUUCUUUCUGCUGAGACGCAGUCAGCAGUGCUAUCCUGUCUGGCUUGGGAUUUCAGACUGAAUUCUGCUGGUUUCACAAAGGCACUGGCCAAGAACAGUUUGACACUGAUCAGCCAACACUGUCUGAGAGGAUUAUAGAGAAACAACCUGAGCAUGACAGAACUCUUUAGUAAUGUCCAUGUGUGCCUGUUCAAAUGUUUCUUAA